AUGUCACUUAAUCCAGCAUUAAAAUUUCGAGAUUUUAUUCAAGUUCUUAAGAAUGAAGGGGAUUUAAUUGAAAUUGAUACUGAAGUUGAUCCCAAUUUAGAAGUUGGAGCCAUAACUAGAAAAGCUUAUGAGAAUAAACUUGCUGCUCCACUUUUCAAUAAUUUAAAGCAAGAUCCAGAGAAUAUCGACCCUAAGAAUUUAUUUCGUAUAUUAGGUUGUCCUGGUGGAUUAAGAGGAUUUGGUAACGAUCAUGCUCGUAUUGCCUUACAUUUAGGAUUAGAUUCUCAAACACCCAUGAAAGAAAUCAUUGAUUUUUUGGUAGCAAAUAGAAAUCCCAAAAAGUAUAUCCCACCGGUUCUUGUUCCUAACGAUCAAUCACCACAUAAAAAACAUCAUUUGACUAAGGAACAAAUUGAUUUAACAAAAUUACCAGUUCCCUUAUUACAUCACGGUGAUGGUGGGAAAUUCAUCCAAACGUAUGGUAUGUGGGUGUUACAAACCCCCGAUAAAUCAUGGACUAAUUGGUCAAUUGCUCGAGGCAUGGUUCAUGAUUCAAAAAGUAUUACUGGGUUAGUUAUUAAUCCUCAACAUGUGAAACAAGUUUCUGAUGCAUGGGUUGCUGCUGGAAAAGGUGAUAAAAUCCCAUUUGCUCUUUGUUUUGGGGUUCCACCAGCAGCAAUUCUUGUUUCCUCAAUGCCAAUUCCAGAUGGAGCAACUGAAGCAGAGUACAUUGGUGGAUUGUGCAACCAAGCUGUUCCUGUUGUUAAAUGUGAAACCAACGAUUUAGAAGUCCCAGCAGAUUGUGAAAUGGUAUUUGAAGGUUAUUUGGAUAGAGACACUUUGGUUAGGGAAGGACCAUUUGGGGAAAUGCAUGGUUAUUGUUUUCCAAAAGAUCAUCACACCCAACCUUUAUACCGUGUCAACCACAUAUCAUAUCGUGACCAAGCUAUUAUGCCAAUAUCAAACCCUGGGUUAUGUACUGACGAGACUCAUACUUUGAUUGGAGGAUUAGUCUCUGCCGAGACAAAGUAUUUAAUUUCUCAACACCCAGUGUUAUCUAAAAUCGUGGAAGAUGUAUUCACUCCCUAUGAAGCGCAAGCAUUAUGGCUUGCCGUGAAAAUCAACACUCACGAAUUGGUUAAGUUAAAAACUAAUGCAAAAGAAUUACUGAAUUUAGUGGGUGAUUUCUUAUUUAGAUCCAAAGAAUGCUAUAAAGUUUGUCUGAUUCUUCAUGAAAUCAUUCUUGUUGGUGAUGAUAUUGAUAUUUUUGACUUUAAACAACUCAUUUGGGCAUACACCACCCGUCAUACACCAGUUCAAGAUCAGCUAUACUUUGAUGAUGUUAAACCUUUCGCAUUGGCACCAUUUGCGUCACAAGGUCCAUUGAUCAAGACUCGUCAAGGUGGUAAAUGUGUAACCACCUGUAUUUUCCCUAAACAAUUUACUGAUCCAGACUUUGAGUUUGUCACUUGUAACUUUAAUGGGUAUCCAGAAGAAGUGAAAAAUAAAAUAUCUCAAAAUUGGGAUAAAUACUACAAAUGA